GGGAGAUAAGGCCAGCUAAUCGAGAUGAAAUGAAUCGGUAUUUAAAAAGGUCUCUUUUAGUUAAGGCAGCUAGCUGGCAGCAGACUGUACUCAGGCCACACUGGCAGGUUAGUGGGAGGCUGUUUAGUUGUAAGUGACAGAAGGAUAGUUGAGAGACAAAUUCUGUGAGCUCUGCACUGCAAUUUGUUGGCUUUGGGGUCUGUUUUUUGUCUGAAUUGGAACAAAAGAUUUCUAAGAAGGAUCAGUCAAAGUGUGUGUGUGUGUGCCAUGACCCCACGGGAGCAGCUGAGGAAGAUGACAGCGCUGGGAGAGCAGGGAGCUUUAGAUGAGAAGCACUGGUACCGUCUGGUAAACGGCAUGUCAGCUGGAGAGCUCAGGCAGAGGCAGGAGUUAAUAAUGAGGAACCAGAUGGCCAUGGCUCCACAGAUUCUUGCCCAUGGGCAGCAGAGGUUACAAGGAGUCCCAGCACAGUUCGAACCUCACUUCAUGGAGAGGGAUUUAGUUCCCCCGUCAGAGAUGGUACCUUCUGAUGCCAGACAGAUCCACAUGGGGUCUCACCUUGGUCCACCUCUGCCCCCACAUGCUAACGUCCUGUCUGGGAGAGGCUUCCCUGGAGCAGCCGGUUAUGGCUUCUUGCCCUCAGAGCCGAUGGAAUCAGUCGCCCGUCGUCAGGAGCUCAUUCACAAGCAAAAUAUUGCCAGAAUGGAGAUGAAUGCCAUCCUGCAUCAGAAGGAGUUGGAAAACGCCCAACAGAAGGGACUGAUGGGAAUCGAUAAUCCAAUGUCUUUCCCCACCAACCCCAUGGCCUACAGAGGUCGUCAGCGCAUGCCAGACGGCCACGAUGUCUUUGUGCACCGCCCCUCUCUGGACGAACUUCACUCCAACAGCAUACUCAUGUCAGCCAGCCCGUACCCACCAAUCAGCUCGCUGCACAGAGAGAGGGGACGCAGAGCUGGCAGGAGGCCGACCGUUCACAAGAGUGCAGAAAUCCAUUUGGCCAAUCUGAAGGGCCAAACUGAAGAUAAAAGUGUGGAACAGAGUCCAGGAGCCACAUCAGGGGAGGAGAAAGAGGUGGAGCCAAAGGGGGACAUGGGAGAGGAGUGUGUCGCCAGUAAAACACAUCAUCAAGCAAAGAUAGACCCAGAAAGUGCGACAGGAAGCAGGAAGAACUACAAGGACGGGGACGCAGCCCUGCGUAAAGCCUGUGUGAAUAAUCAAGAUGGUUGCUCUGAUGCUGCCAACAGCGGCUCCAACGACAAAGACAUAUCCACUUCAUCUUUCCAGGAGAAAUUCAUGUUUCCCUCUGCAGGUGGCGCUCUCCCUGGGAUGCCUUACAUGUUCCCAACCCCUGGAAAUGGCUUCCUCCUACCUGGAACACGGAAUCUCUUUCUCAAUGGCGAGGAGGUGUCUGAAGACAUAAGGAAGUGGACAGUGAACGAUGUUUACAACUUUAUCAACAGUAUACCCACAUGUUCAGAGUAUGCUCAGACGUUCAAGGACCACAUGAUCGACGGGGAGACACUGCCUCUUCUCUCAGAGGAACAUCUACUCGACACACUGGGCCUGAAGCUGGGGCCGGCUCUAAAGAUCCGCUCCCAGGUGUCCAAGCGCAUGGGCAGCAUGUUGUACAUGAUGAACCUGCCAUUGGCCACUGCCACCCUGCACACCACUCCCGAGAAGCCCGGGGACCGUUCCCCAGAAAUCGGCUCCCCUGUUAACUGCAACAGUGAGGAGAUGAUUGCGAGUCCGAGAGAGCGUGAAGUCCUCAAAUCCACAGAGCAACUUCACGAGACGGAGAACAAUUCCCCUCCGUCUGCCAGCAGUGAGACAGUCUGAUCAACACUGAUGAGUGAGUGUGGACGAGCCCAGUCUACACCUGCCUCAUCUGAUGGACUGCUGCUGUCACUGUGAUGGUUCUGUUUACAUUACUGGAUCACAGAUGCUUUUUUUAAAUGAUUUGCUACCUGAGCUUUUGAUGCACAGCUCCAUACUUGGCACCGUUGUCUGCUAAAUAUUUACAUUUUACAUCUAUUACGCAUUUCUAAAAACAGUGGAGUGUGAUGGAUUCUGAGUUAUGAGAUGCCAAGAAGGUUCUAUAUCAUUUUUUUCUUUUCAUCUUAUAAAAAAAAUGACAUGCCUUAGUUUCUAAACUUCUGAUUGUAGCUUCUAACUCAGGUUCUCAUUGUCAUUUCUUCAGUAGACCAACACAGCGAAAUAAUACGGGAAUGGUUUUAUUAUGAAAGACUUUUUGAUUUGAAUAUUUGAUACAUUUUGUGCUUGGUGGAUUGUGAAUAAAGUGUUUUUUCUAGAA